GCAGGAGGUGUAAAUUUUUUUGGUUGAUUUUUGUUAUAGAUGGCUGCUCCACCUGCGAGGGCUAGAGCUGACUACGAUUAUCUCAUUAAGCUUCUAUUGAUUGGUGAUAGCGGUGUGGGUAAGAGUUGCCUUCUUUUGCGAUUCUCAGAUGGUUCAUUCACCACCAGUUUUAUCACCACCAUUGGUAUUGAUUUUAAGAUAAGAACCAUUGAGCUAGAUGGAAAACGGAUCAAGCUCCAAAUUUGGGAUACAGCUGGUCAGGAGCGGUUCCGAACAAUUACAACUGCUUACUACCGUGGAGCUAUGGGAAUUCUGCUGGUCUAUGAUGUGACAGAUGAAUCAUCUUUCAAUAACAUUAGGAACUGGAUUCGCAACAUCGAACAACAUGCUUCAGAUAAUGUUAACAAGAUUUUGGUAGGGAACAAGGCAGACAUGGAUGAGAGCAAAAGGGCAGUGCCUACCUCUAAGGGCCAAGCACUUGCUGAUGAGUAUGGUAUCAAAUUUUUUGAAACUAGUGCAAAGACAAAUCUAAAUGUUGAGGAAGUUUUCUUUUCAAUAGCAAGGGAUAUAAAACAGAGGCUUGCCAAUACUGAUUCGAAGGCAGAGCCUGCGACAAUCAAGAUUAAUCAACAAGUGGCUGCCGGGGCUGGUGAAGCUCCCCAAAAAUCGGCCUGCUGUGGUUCUUAAGAAGCUCAAUUUGUUUCUGAGCGGAGGCAAGUAAUGUUGUGACACAUGGAGAAGGAAAAUUGUGAAGGGAAAGCAACAGAACUAAUGUGAUUGACAAUAUGAUGGGUGCGCUUGUAGUUUGCUUCUUGACAUUCUUUCAAACCUUUCUUUAGCGUGUGAAAUGUAGUUUCUGAUUAUCUAGAAUUUCGUUUGAUGGCAACAGUUCUUUGUAUCUUCUGACUGACAAUUUUUGUUUUCCGCCCACUUAACCGUGUCAUGAUGUAUGUUUAUACUGCUAGUCUCUGUAAUUUUAGAAGAAAAAAAUUUCUGGUUUUCCUUGUCA